AUGGAUCAAUCUCAUGAAACUAGCACUAAAUCAUUUCAUCUCGAACUAUGCCCUUCUGUAUACGCGUCAUACGACGUUUUCUACUGCCUCCUUGAAGGAAAUCUCAACAACAGGGGUGGUGAGACUUUUAAUAAUCGUGUUGACAUCGAUGGUAUGAUACGUAAGAUACAUUACUUGGUUAAGACCAAGCGUGGUGCUACUCCUAAUUGCCAAAACUUGGAUAUGUCUGUUGCUUUACCUUUGAAAAUCGAAUGUCUUUUGGAUGGGAGGCUACUAGAAUUGUCGUCGUUCUUGAAUGGAGGGAUGGUCCCUGCUAGUAAGACAUCAAUAAUGCAGUUGCCGGAGAGAAUGGAGAUUGAUGAAGAUCAAUGUUUGAAUGAUGACUGUGUCAUCUGUUAUGAACAACUUGGGAACGAGGGGAAAAAGAUCGUGUGCAUGCCUUGCUCGCAUAUGUUUCAUGGAGAUUGCAUUAGAACCUGGUUAGAUAAGAGCCAUUAUUGCCCUGUCUGCCGUUAUGACAUGCCAACAACAACAACAAGGGAUGCACACGAAAAACGUUUGCAGAAGCUGCUAUGA